CAUAACACACGUUUACGUGAAGUUUUAAAUCCUGAAGGUCUCUGGUAUAUGUCCAGAUCAUGCAGGAUUUAUUCAGAUAUUUCGUUUUAUUCAUUAUUUUUUCACUCGAAUUUUUACUUGGCAAAAAUAAUGCUGAACAAGAUUAUUAUGACAUUCUCGGGAUAAGUAAAUCAGCCUCAAAUAGUGAUGUUAAAAAAGCCUUCCGGAAACUAGCGUUAAAAUAUCAUCCAGAUAAAAAUAAGGAUGAAGACGCACAGAAAAAGUUUGUGAAAAUUGCUGAAGCUUAUGAUGUGCUCUCUGAUGAUGAAAAACGUAAACAGUAUGAUAGUGUUGGACAUAGUUAUUAUACACAACAGCCUGGUGGAAGUGGUGCUCCAGAUUUCGAUUUUAAUAGUUUCUUCCGAAACUUUGAUAUGUUUCGUCAGCAUAGACAUACUGAUGAUCAUGGUUCGUUCUUCAAUUUUCGUGGUUUAUUUGACGAUGAUGAUGGUGAUGACGAUGGCUUCUUUUCACCAUUCGGCAGCAUGUUCCAUUCAUCAGAUGAAUCUCAUGGGUUUAUUAGACAUCAAGGUCAACAAAACUGUCAAACUCAAACCAUACGAAGAGGUAAUACAAUUAUUACUCAAACACGUUGUUCUUAAUUACAUCCUAGAAGUUAUUUCAUUGGUAUUAUUUUGUACUAUUAUACAAAAAUAUCUCACUGUUGUUUGCCCUCUUGAUAAGCUUAAAAUUGUGUACAGCCGGUGGUCGUUAUUAUAAUGUUUUACAUUGUCAUUUUGUUUAUAUGAAUGUUGUAUUACUUUUUCUAAUAAUCCACAUAAAAUAACUGGUUGUUCAUAUCACACACAGUGUUUUGUUUUGUUUGGAAAAGAAAUGUUUUUUAUAUCUAAAGACGUGUGCCUACUCAUUCAUCUCUUCUGCUUUAUUCUCUUGAGACUACCAUUGUCUUUCUCUUGUCAUUGGUUUGCGUGGAUAAUUUUAAGGAGUAAAGAAAAUGUGUAAAAGGUAAUUUCCACAAACAUUAAACAACCAUGAUAAAUAAAAAUUUCCACUAUUUCAUUCGUUUGAUAGAUAUAACCAACUGUUGAUUGUUGUUUGGUUCAACAAAUUUCCAUAAUAAAAAUUAAAGCCAUCAAUAUAUUGUUUUUUUUCUAACGUGAUAAUAAUGGUAAUGUAAACUGGUUUGUGUUACUAUAAACAAAAGUAGUAACUUCAUUAUGGACUGAAAAACUGUUGAUCUUAAUUCACCUGGAGUGUAUGAUAUAUAGAGUCAUAGAAAGUGAUGUUACAUAGUCGAAACCAGCGACUGUGAGUAAUUAAACUGAUAAAAUAUUAUUGGUGAAAUUGUGAUCAAUGCGAUAGAAAAUAACUACGUAACAAGAACUAUCUAAAAUUAAAAACUUGACUAUAAGUUGCCUACUUGGGAAUUAAUAUGGAAGUAAUAAUAUAAUCUGAGAUUAAUGACUAUGAAGUUAAGAUAAAUAUAUUUUCAAACCUUGGCUUAAGAGGCAAUAAAAUUUACAGAGCAGUUUUCUGGACUAUGAGCCACUAAAUCUACAGACCAAUAGUCACACCUCGACUUCGCUGACCAUACCUUGCUCCUAAUCUGCUGUUCCAAAUAGCAUUAAGUGUUAAAGUAACUUGGUGUUCAAUAUAUGUUGCACGUCUCUCAGUCGAUAAAGAUUCGUAGCUUUAUUAACUUGUCUGCUUAAUACCCUACAUCUAACUAAGUUCAGCGUUGCACACUCCUUUGUUUUAUGGUUCGUGAUUAGUAUUUUAAAUAUACCUAUGGUUAGGUUUCAGUAACUUAUAAGUAUCCUCUGCUUUCAAAAGCCAUGUUUGAGUGAAAAUCUUAGCAUUUGUGUCAUUUUAAUUGUGAUCAUAUAUAAGCAAUUUACCUUAUGGCAAAUUGCCGUUCUCAGAAAAUUCUAUCCAGUAAAAUAUUAUCAUAAAGACAUUUUUGUGUCAUAACAUUCUACUGAUAGACACAGUAAAAAAUUUGCUAAAACUUUGAGUGAAUCUAUAUUUAAGCACAUAAAUACCCGUAUAAUAUACUUUCCUUUAAAAAUUUUCAGUGAAUAAUCACGAACAGUAUG